AUGGAUCGAUUUGAGAGUCUUCGCACGACUUUACCAACAGUUUUCCAAGAAGCCAACAGUGACGAGGAUGUUGCAACGAAAGAAAGCGAUGCGUUCACCAAGUUCGUCACAUCUCUCUACUGCAUAAUCUGCGUGGUUGGUAUCACUGGUAACUUACUGGUUGCCAUCGUACUCCUCCGUGUGCCGUCACUGAGGUCUAAUACCAGUGAUUUCUUAGUGCAUCUCUCCCUUGUAGAUUUCAUGGCCUGUGUUAUGGUCAUCCCAGCUUAUCUUCUGCCUAAUACCCACUCUCCUCCAAACCCCGGGUUCUUCGGUGAGUUUUGGUGUCGAUUUUACACCAGCGGUUUCCUGUUUUGGUUCUUCACGAUGACGUCAGUCUUGGGUUUGACUGUUGUCAAUUUGGAGCGCUAUGUAGCCAUCGUCCACCCACACAAAUACAAGACUCUUUUCAUCAAACGAAACAGAUACAUCAUGAUUGCUGCGUGUUGGGCUUCGGCUGCAGUUUUAGAUUCGUCUUCCUUUUUAACGCAUGAAGAAGAUGAAGUAGUGGGAUGUCAUUUUAAAGGCUGGUCCAACAGAGGAGCUCAGGCGACACUUGGCUUGUUUUCUUUCACCGGCAAGUUCUUUGUUCCAUUCGCUGCGAUGAUUCUUGCUCAACUGAAAGUCAUCUCUACGCUGAGCAGACAAGUGAAGAUGCUAACUGCUCGAACAGCCUCUAUGGGAGUCAAUCCAAGAGACCAGCGUGAAAUGUGGCAGCUCCGAGCCUCCCAAACCCUGGUGAAGACACUCCUGGCCUGCGUCAUCACAUUCGGUGUGUGCUGGACUCAAAACCAAGUCUGGUUCCUGCUCUUCAAUAUUGGAGUUCAUGUGACUCUAGGUGAUCCUAUCCACCGUCUCACAGUCAUCUUAGCCGUUGGUAAUUCCUGUGUGAAUCCAGUCAUUUACACAAUGACCAACAAGCCGUUCCGUAAAGGGAUCAGGGAGCUGUUUUGUAAGCAGCGGGAUUCGAACCAGGUGGCUGACGGUGUAGCGACUGGCACUGUGUCUGAGACCGUCUCCAAUGCCCAAGAACAAUAG